AUGUCUUCGGCAGGAAUAACAAAGAUCAGAGCGGAGCAUGUCGAGGCGAAGUGUGCCCAUGCUUCGACUAAGAAGGCUAGGAAGCCGUCUGCCUGCGAGGCCGAUGCUGUCACCACGGUGGCCAUCAGUGCCGCGAACACCAGCCCCUUCCUUGUUCUUCGGCUAACCGCCCGCUAUGUCGCACGCCUAGCACGCAACGCGCGGCGCCUGGAUGACCGUCCCAGGAGUUCCCAGCCUGUGCUUGUCGCUGCUUGUCUCGCGCACGUCACUCAUCAACUACUAAGCCUGACACCAUCGACGCGAUAUCCGGCAAGGUCAAGCAGCAAAGGAUCGACAUCUGCUACCUCGACAGAACCCCCUCAACCCUCGCUACGCCUUCCCACCCCAGGACGAUGUCAUCAAAGCUUGUGCUGGCUUCUGCAAGUCCCUUUCCGUGGAAUGACCGGGCAGUCCGUGAUGAUGCCGGCACUCAGCUGCCAUCUCCGAACAAAAAAGCUGCCGCAAGUGUACCACUUUGGUGCCCAAGCCAUGCGUGAUGAGCAUUGGCAAAAUCUCCACAAGACGGCUGCCAACGAACGCGACCAGGUCAGCGGCAGCACGACGCAGGCAAGUCUGGAGUCGAUUGACAAGAACUCAGACAACAAGGCAGGAUCGCCCGCGUUACCACACCUAUGGCCGCUCCGGUCGACAUUCACCGACACGGUCCCAUACGACGACUGGCUUACGGCCCGCUAUCGCCGGGUGGAAGCAGAAAGUCCCAACGACCCGGGAUUCGAGUUGUUCGUCGACAACACUGUGAUUCGAGUCCGCCCGGCCGCACAUGGCAAUGCGAUUAGCAUUGGAGAGGGGGACGGGAAAGAGGACGGAUAUGUCCCUGUCGAGAUGGAUGUCGAUGAUGAUAUGGGUGAUUGA